CGUUACGCCAUCUAACGCCAUAACCUUACAUUAGCAGCGCAGCGGAGCGGAGCUGGUCUGUUUGGACGCUCACGGCACAGGCGGGUGAAUCGGGGGGUCGCGUAGCGCCUGGGGUGUAUACACCAAGUGCGGUCGUUACUGAAAAGGCGCGAUGGCUAACUGCACCGGGCGAAAUUAAAAGAAGAAAGAAAAAAAACUGAUUUUUUCGAGCGGAGGAGGUGUUUAGCUGGAAGGCAAAAUGACCGUAGUCAGUUCUUGUGCGAGUUUUCAGUGAGGAUCGAAGUGUUUUUUUUUGUAACGCAGUGUGGAUACUUGAGUGUUGGAAACUUUGCUGCAUAACGAAGAUAAAUACGUGGAAGGAGCUGUCAGCGGAGCAGAGACGGUCCGCCGGGCCGCAGCCAUGCGCCCGCGCGGCCGCCCGCCAUGCUGAAGCACAUGCUGAGCCCGCCCCCGCCGCCGCCCCCGGGCGCCAUGAACGGCGGGCUGGCGCUGGCGCGGCCCGGCGCCUUCAGUCCCUCGCACCAGCGGCACGCGCUCAACGUGUCCACGCUCAGCACGUCCAAGCACUCGCUCGGCAACUCGUCCGGCGUCAGCCCCGGCGGCGGCGGCAGCGGAGGCAGCGCCGUCCUGCCCUCUAGCGGCCCCGUCGUGCAGAUGGUGACGCCGCCGCCCAAGAUGGCGAACGGCGGCCUGCACAUCCCGCGGGGCCGCGCCGCCAGCCUCAGCGCCGGCUCCGCGCUCAUCCCGGCGCACGUGUCGCGCUUCAUGACGCGCUCCAAGGAGGCGGGCAUCAAGGAGAUGCUCACCUCGCUGGGGCUGCUGUGCCUGGUGUCGCUGCUGCUGGCGCUGCUGUCGCUCAUCUUCCUGCUGCGCAUCUCGCCCAUGGCGGCCGCCGACGUGCGCGACCUGCUGCGCGCCGAGCAGCUCACCGUCAUCUCCGCCGAGGAGUACGUCGUCGUGUACGAGGUCACGCUCGCCCUGUGCGCGCUCACCCUGUCGCUGAACCUGUGCUGCCUGCUGGUGUGCGCCAUCCAGUUCCUGUUCGCCGUCAAGCUCGUCAAGUCCCUGCAGGGCGGCGAGAGAACGAGCAAGUACCUGCAGAAGUCCUCCAUCACCCGGGUGUGUGCCGUGGGCGGGUUCUUCAUCUCCAUCCCCGUGUUCCUGACGGGCAUCAUACUGUACACAUUCAUCCAGUUCCACUCCACGCCGGCCAUCGUGACGAGCGUCCUCAUCGGCCUGGGCAUCAUCUUCUGUGGCUGCGCCAUGGUGCACAACGUCUUCAUCUGGCAGAGGGAGAAGACCAACGCGGUGCGGGCGCUGGCGAAGCAGCAGCAGCAGCAGCAGCAGCAGCAGAUGCAGCAGCAGCAGAUGCAACAGCAGCAGAUGCAGCAGAUGCACAGGCACCCCACCCCGCCGACGCCCACGGACCCAGCCAAGCAGGCGCCGUGCCACCUGCGCGACGCCAGCGGCAGCGUCAGCCCGGGCGUGCCGGGGGCCAUGCUGGACCUGAGCUCCGUCACCACCACCUCCCCUCACGAGCUGUCCACGCUGGUGUGAGGCCGUGCAGACACGCGGUGCUCUGCCCCAGCACGCCGGCGCGACGACCCCACGACUAGUCACGCGUAGCGGUGCUUUUCCCCGGCGGGAACCAGUGCGUCCGCGGAGACGGGGGAGGAAACUUGGAAGGAGUCGUCUUCGAUGCGGGUGAUCAUACGGCCAAAAAGCGAUGCUAGUCGCCCCGAGACUGCGACGAGACAUCUAGUACAAAGCGCACAGAGUCUCGGUCAAACGUAUGCUUGCUUCUUGUUCAAAAAAAAUUACAAAAGUGUCCUCGUGGUCUCAGUGAGACUUAUCAGCAAGGACCUUACUUCUGCCUUCCCUGUGGAGACACUUAUGAAUCCAUUCCAUUGUAGAGUUUAGGAGUUGUGAUCUGGGAGGACGUGAAGGUGUUAGUGAGGUAGGGAGUUGCUUGGUGUGCCAUACGUAUUAUAAUGUAUUUUGUCUCGACACAUCCCUGAUGAUGUCGGUGACUCGCGCAUAGUUACAAGAGUGCAGCGAACUGUGUGUUGUGUUGGCAACCGUGCCAGUCUCAGAUUUGAACAAACGUUUCAUGACUGUGGCGGGAAGGGUUGGAUCGCAGAGUGUACGCACCCGGCAAGCCGGAGAAACAGGACCGCGGGUUGUCUUUGUCUGAUCUGUAGCUAAGCUUUAGAGCUAUUUGUACUGAACAAAAAAUGUAUUGACUCGAUUGCAGUUGUAGGUUCAUUUCUGCAUUCCAAUUUGGUUGUUGUUCUAGAUAAUUCUCAAAACUAUUUUAAGUGUGUUCAAAUUGACUGCGAGUAUUUUUUAAAUAAUGCUAAAUUAUUCAUACAACAGUAAUUCUACACCUAUAAACAAGUGAAUAGAAACUUAAAUUUAUGAAUAUUGAUAAUAUGUAUUUAUUUAUUCAACAUCAACUAAAGAAUUCGGAAAUUUUCAGAUACUAAUAACCAUAGAAUAAUUCUGUUAUUGAGCACUCUGGUCCUAGAAGAAAUUGAAUCAGUGAAUAAUAUAAAAAAAAAUAACUUCAGUUAUUGCAAAUUAUAUUUGAUUGUUAAAGAUUUCAGAAUCCUUUUUGGUUAUAGUUUGAAAGGAUUAAAAUUGUUAUUAGGGAUGGAUCGAUUCCACAAGAUUUUACGAUUUAAAUGUCAGGUCAUAACAUGAGAUUGCUUCAUGUAUGAGAUUAUCUUAAAUUAAGAUCAUUCUAUACUAUUUGAGUUUGUUUUUCAUUUGCACUAAUCUUAAAUUUUAAGGUAGUGCUAGAUUGGAAUGUAUAUAGUACUUAACAUUUUAGAAUUUAAAUUGGUAGUUUAAAUUUUCAUUUUUUUUUGUUUCUUUGAUUCUUGGUAAAAAGUUUUGGUUUGUUAAGUCUGUAUGGACUGCAUCGUUUAAAAUAAGCUGUUGUAAACCUGUUUUAACUUCAAAACAAUGGAUACAUUAACAUUUUGGCUGCUAUACUGCGUACUACUAACUUACUACAUUUGUAAGUCUGCUGUGUCGUUGAUUUAAUCACGUUACAGAAGUGUGUUCAUGUAACAUUGUUCCUUCUCUUUCCUGACAUUUCUGUUUCGACAAUGCUUCGAUACUGUCUUCUCUUGGGACCACUGUCAUUCCAGUAGCUCUAUGACGAUUGGUUAGCAAUUGUUUCUUCUCUGUGUGGAUUGAGGCAAGAUAUGAUUCUCUUGCGAGAUGGUUCAUUAUAGCUGCCGUAUGAACAUUGUUGUGUUGUUUGAACAACAGAAUUACGCAGUGGUUAAUACUACGAAAUGCUCGUCUAAGAACAUUGCCUCAUAGUUCCAUUAUAAUUUUGGUAAAGGCAUCUGAUAAUGUUAUAUGUGCGUGCAUUCUUCUCUUGCGAUCAACCCGGAGGCUACUUGAACAUGCAUAAUGUAAUAUUUUGUAGAUACAUAGAAAGCUGAGUUUAUCAUUGUCCUGUGUAUUUUAGUCAAAUUGGAUAUAUUUUGAACACACAUGCUAUGUAUACUUGAAUAAACUAUGUACUGUACUAUUAUGCACUUGUAAUGUACAUAAUUAAAAUUUAUAUAUUUUUUCCAAUUAAAA